AUGAAAAGGUUGAAGCCGCAACCCGCGAAACCCGACGUGCGCGGCCGCGGCGCCGCUCCAGCACGUGCUUUCCUUAGUGGGCUGGGCUCGCUUGUGGGGUGGCGCUACCGGCUUGCGGGGGCUGGGCUCCUAAGCCUAAUGUACAUGGAAAAGGUAUGUUACGUUAUUCUAUAUCUGAUUUUAAAGAUGCUGCUUGUGAUACAGGAGUUCCACCAUGCCGUCGGAGCUGGGCGCUGCUGGACUCUGACGAGAAAGCUUUAUCACUUUUCCGACCGCCGGCUUUCAAAUUAUCAGUGUCAGGACGUUUCGAGUGAGCUUCGGGUUCAGGUGAGCCACUCUGAGGCGAAGCGUGCCACAACUGGCAACCCGGCCGGCCCGCUCACACCUUACCAAGAUGAGCUGGAGCGCUUGCAUCCGGCGAUUGUGCAGCAAGUGCGCGGGCAAGGGGUGGAGGUAGUAGUGGUUGGCUUUGGGGUGUGGCUGGCCACGUCUGCACGAGUGAUGGCGUGUGUGGAUGACUUCCAAGCUUAUCCAUAA